CAAACUAGCUCAUGGAAAAGGCGAAGGGCCACGGCAAAUUUUGGGAAAAAUUCCGCACUUUCUUCGAUCGCCUCCAAAAGUCCACUGCGAUUCGGUCCAAGUUUCUCCACUACAUCGCAUGCUUCUCGCUUUCUCUUCCCUUCGCCGCCCACAUCCUGCGCCUCCCGGUACGUGUCUCCUCACCGUCACCGGACGAUUCUGUUCUAUCGCGAUUAUUCCGACGGAGCUCUAUGCAUCUGGUUUGCAAUUGGCGGCUAAGAUCAUUUGACGGUAGAGAGUUGUUUUACCCUAAUUUCCAUCUGAUUCUAGUAGCCUGAUAUGAAGGAUCUCCCUCACAUGCUACCUGCUAAUAGAAGUCGCAGUCAGCCCAGGGCUAGUAGACCUUGGCCUCUAUCAGGCAUGGACAACUCAGAGUCACGCCGCAGGUCACAGAUUAUUGGAAAACUUGCAAUGGCAUUCAUGCUUACAGCCUUAUGCAUACUGAUCUUAAAGCAGUCCCCAAGUUUUAGUGGCCCCAGCGUGUUUUCUCGUCAUGAGUCUGGAGUGACUCAUGUCUUAGUGACUGGAGGUGCUGGCUAUAUUGGUUCUCAUGCUGCACUUCGGCUUUUGAAAGACAAUUACAGGGUCACCAUAGUGGAUAACCUUUCCAGAGGAAAUCUUGGAGCAAUUAAAGUUCUUCAGCAGCUGUUUCCGGAACCUGGAAGGCUUCAAUUCAUUUAUGCUGAUUUAGGAGAUGCCAGAGCUGUCAACAAUAUUUUUGAAAAAAAUGCAUUUGAUGCUGUUAUGCACUUCGCUGCAGUUGCUUAUGUGGGAGAAAGCACACUCGAACCUCUUAGGUACUAUCAUAAUAUCACAUCAAAUACUUUGGUAAUUCUGGAAGCCAUGGCAGCACAUGGUGUUAAAACUCUUAUUUACUCAAGUACAUGUGCAACUUAUGGGGAACCGGAAAAAAUGCCUAUUACAGAAGUAACUCCUCAGCAUCCUAUCAACCCAUAUGGGAAGGCCAAAAAGAUGGCGGAGGAUAUUAUUUUGGACUUCUCAAAGAGAUCAGACAUGGCAGUCAUGAUCUUAAGAUAUUUCAAUGUUAUUGGAUCAGAUCCUGAAGGAAGGUUAGGUGAAGCUCCAAGACCUGAGUUACGCGAGCACGGGCGUAUAUCCGGUGCUUGCUUUGAUGCAGCACUGGGUAUCAUACCUGGUCUGAAGGUUAAAGGAGUAGACUAUGCUACAAGUGAUGGAACCUGUAUCAGAGAUUAUAUCGACGUUACUGAUCUCGUUGAUGCUCAUGUGAAAGCCCUCGACAAGGCAAGGCCUAGCAAAGUCGGCAUAUAUAACGUUGGUACCGGAAAAGGUAGGUCCGUGAAGGAAUUUGUCGAGGCCUGCAAAAAGGCAACUGGGGUGAGCAUCAAAGUCGACUACCUCGAGCGCAGACCUGGAGACUAUGCUGAAGUUUACAGUGACCCGUCAAAAAUCAACCGCGAGCUCAACUGGAGUGCCCGCUACACUGACCUUCAGGAGAGUCUUUCGAUCGCUUGGAAGUGGCAGAAGUCACAUCCAAAUCGUUAUGAGUCGGAAGCAGCCGUGGCUCUCUGAUCGGGUCGUUUCGAUCUUUAACUUAUCUGUACAAUACUUCAUAAAGAUGAGCUUUUCGCUGCUAGCCAACUUUUGGUGCUCAUUGAGAAUGGAUUCAGAGUAUAUAUAUAAACAAAAAGCUGUUAUCUUACCAUAGUGAAGAUAGGAAAAGAUAACUAAAGAUUGAAGCUGAUGAUAAUUGAAUUCAUUCAUCAAUUUGGCAUAUACUAUUCUUUACUUAUUAUAAAUGUCAUUUUUAUUCUUUU